AUGUUGUCAAUAAUACGCUCAUUCUAUUUUCUCAAGGAAAAGAACAAGUCUUCAAUUGAUUACAAACCCUAUAUAACUGGAAAUUCUGAUACUGGAAAGAAAACGAGAUCUUCUUUGAAGAUUAACCGACACGUUGGCUCCAUCCGCCCAAAACCCACUUCUUUGUAUAGCAACGCUAAUAGAAAUCAUUCAGUUACGAUUUUUUCUGAGAGAUUCACACUACCGACGAAAGCAGGUUCUGUAUCCUAUAAAAACACUUAUCCGCACAAAAGAAGGAGUUCCUUACUCCGUUUCAGUCAAGACCGCACAAGACCAACAACGGCAGUACCAUGGGAAGAGGACAAGAGCGAUAAUGUUACCGCUUCAGAUUCGAAUUUUACAGAAGAUUAUAGUAUUCUUACCAACCAAGUUCCUACAACUGUAUCAACCAAUUUACAGGGUUCCUUUGAAAUCGGCUCUUCUUUUGUGAUUAUAUCGCGCCUUCUCCCUUAUGAAGGCCGUUGGUUUACCAAUUUAUAUCGAUAUGAACGGGGAGACUGGUUAGUCUGUCUUCAAUUGCUAAUUCCUAGGGAACAACGAUUUUUGCGUUUAUUACACGUGAUUCAAUCAAACUAUAUCAAAUUUGAAAACCAAAGAAAUGCAAGCAAUGCAGCGUUUCGCAUGAAAGAAUAUUCGGAUGCAUCGAUUGGCAUGAUAGAACGAUCGGAUAGUCCAUUCAUGGAGGGGCACAACAUCUGUUUCAAUUCCAAGCAUGAAUGGAAGGUAUAUCAAAAGAAAGGCAGUAUUAUAUCGCAGUAUCCUUACAGGCACUGUUUUCGCUGGACACAUUCGAUAGUAACCUCACAUAGCAAGAUUCCAACCAACGCCAAUUGGAUCGAAGACGGAUAUUACUAUGUUUCCUAUCCUUAUCGAUCUCGUCAUAUCGGACACUUCGCCGAAUCUGUGAACCAGCUAUUACUCAAGCUGCGGUAUCCUUCUCUCUAUCCUCCACUCACUGACUUGUAUCUUCCUCGCUUUUCCACUCAUGAAUACGAAUGGUCCUCUACCUAUUUGAAAUUGCUGUUUCUUCUUUUUCCUUCCGACUUCACUCCCAAGCUCCACAUUGCUAGAAAUAUUACGUUAAAUAAGGUUGUUUGUUUCCGCUCGGCGAUUUUGCUUGAUCGUUGCCGAUACAACCUAGAUGGAGCGUUAUUCGCGGGGAUUUUCUCUCAGGAUUUGAUGAGAGCGUCCGCGUAUCGAUUGGCAGCCAUUCAAUCCAAAGAAAUCCAAGUGAAUCAAAUCCCAUUUUUGAUCAUCGAUCGAAAUGGCAAGCGCGGUCUGGUGAAGCACUCCGAAUGGGAUUUGGAUGUGUCGUACACCACAAUGGAGAAGUUGUCGUUCGUGAAGCAGGUUCGAUUGUUCUACAACACGGAUAUUUUCUUUUCUCCGCAUGGCUCCGCUCUCGUUAAUCUCAUGUUUGCAAGGCCUCAUUCGGUUGUGAUCGAAUGCAAUCCGCCCUAUUUUUAUGAGAUUUGGUAUUCGAACACUGCGUUGAUUUCGCGUGUGCAUCACAUUAUGCUAGCUACCUACAAAGGGAAUUUGACGGGAUCUUCGAAGUGGAAAAGAGCGGAGCAAGCUUAUUUUGGGGGAAUAAUGAGUCGAAUUCGUCGCCAAUAUGCGGAUGAUCAUGUCAAUCCUCCUGUUUUUGUGGUUAAAGGUGCUGUAGAAGAUGCAGUCGCGUAUUUAAAGCGAUGGCGCUUUGUUUUUGAAGUGUCUGAUAAAUGGUCUCCAUUGUUUUUCUAA